CAAGCUUGGUCCGAGUUUCAGAGCUGAUUUCAAAGGUUUCUUGAGUCAACUAUAUCAAGCCUUAAAGCUUCAGAAAUAUGUUUGGCUGCUGCCAGGAGCAGUUUUGUAUAAUGUGUAAAUGGAAAUGAAGCUGUUUAUAUAUGCUCAAGAAGUAUCACAGGACACAUCAGCUUUUGGGACACCAUUCCUGGCUGUUCAAAAUGCAGGCCUCAGAGUAACACUAGCAAGAUAAUGGGUUGAAAAGCUCUCCAUAAAAAAUGAUGGAUGAAGAAGGUUUGGUUGAAGAUCUACUUACAGAGUAUGCCCUACAGCUUAGCAGUCAAGAAUUGAAUGAGUCCAAACCACCAGUGUCUUCCAGCUAUGACAGUUUUAUACCACCUAGUGAGGAAAACAGGAAAAUUGUAACAUCCAUAAGGCAAGGUCAAGUGUUUAGGCUCCAAGAACUUGUGAAGCAGAAAUAUGCUUUGGAUGAAGCUGAUGAAAGAGGGUGGUUUCCACUGCAUGAGGCCGUAGCUCAGCCAAUUCAGCAAAUACUUGAAACUGUUCUAGAUGCAUCUUACAAAGCAAUGUGGGAAUACAAAACAUGCGAUGGAGAAACACCGUUAACUUUGGCAGCAAAAUCUGGCUUUGUGGAAAAUGUGCGAACGUUGCUGGAAAAGGGUGUUUGGCCCAAUACCACAAAUGACAAAGGAGAAACUCCACUUCUCAUUGCUGUUAGAAGGAGCUCUUUUGAAAUGGUGUCCACUCUGGUUAAACACAACUGUAGUAUCCACCAGCCGUGCGUCAAACGUUGGUCGGCAAUGCAUGAAGCUGCAAAACAGGGACGCAAAGACAUUGUUGCUUUUCUUCUGAAGAAUGGUGGAAAUGUGAACCUUAAGGAUGGAUAUGGAGUAACACCAUUAGGUGUUGCUGCUGAGUAUGGUCACUGUGAUGUGCUGGAGCAUCUUAUCCAUAAGGGUGGAGAUGUCCAGGCUUUAGCAGAUGAUGGUGCGUCGAUACUGUUUGAAGCAGCUGGAGGAGGUAAUCCAGACUGCAUAGCCCUUCUUUUGGAAUAUGGAGGAAGUGGCAACGUCCCUAAUAAGGCGGGACUGCUUCCCAUACACAAAGCAGCUUAUGAGGGGCAUUACCUGGCGCUGAAGUAUCUUAUUCCAGUCACAUCCCAAACUGCAAUCCAGAAAAGUGGGUUAAGCCCUGUUCACUCAGCGACAGAUGGCCAGAAUUCACAGUGUCUAGAGCUCCUCAUUGAAAAUGGGUUUGAUGUCAAUGCUCUCUUGGCUCAAUACAUUUCAAAUAGUUACGAUGACGGAAGGAAAACUGCACUUUAUUUUGCUGUUUCUAACAAUGACAUUCUUUGCACUGAAAUAUUACUCAAAGCAGGAGCGAAUCCAAACAAGGAUCCUUUAAACUGUCUGCUUGUGGCAGUGAGAGCUGGACACCAUGAAAUUGUAAGGCUGCUCCUAUCUUACGGAGCAAACGUCAAUUGCUACUUUAUGUUGGUUAACGAUACACGUUUCCCCAGCGCCAUUCAGUAUGCCUUGAAUGAUGAGGUGAUGCUCAGGCUGUUGCUCAAUCAUGGGUAUAAUGUGGAGAUGUGUUUUGACUGUAUGCACCAAGAUGUCUUUGGAAAUUCUUUUGUAUGGUCAACUCCAGAAGAAGAGAUUCUCCCCGGGUGGACUUCUUCUGUAAUAAAGGAUAAUCCAUUCUGUGACUUUAUUGCUGUUCCUUGGUUGAAACAUUUAGCGGGAAAAGUGGUUCGUGUUUUUAUAGAUUACAUGGAUUAUGUUCCUCUGUGCACAAAAAUUAAGUCUGUCUUAGAAACGCAGGAAGAAUGGACAGAGAUCUGUCAGAUACUGGGUAAUGCUCGCCCACUGAAACAUCUGUGUCGUCUGAAAAUACGUAAGCUCUUGGGGCUAAGGAGACUCCAGAAACUGCCGUCCAUGAAGAAGCUUCCACUCCCAACAGUUCUCAAGAACUAUAUCCUCUAUAAAGAAUAUGAUCUGUAUGGGAAAGGAAUACAUUUAGAAUAGGUUUUUUAAA